AUGGUCUCCUCACGGCUUCUCCUUGGACUUGCUACAGUUUGCUGCGUUGUGCAGGCCUAUCCGAUUCGAUCGGAUGAGGAUCAUUCUCAUACCCACUCCACAGGGUUGAUGACUCGAUCGCCCGAUGCGAGACUCAAAGACCCGUUCGACGUCGACUGGUUCCUUCACAGCUUACACGCCUUUAUCCCCACGAAGGGUGAUCUCAGUCAAUGGAUCGACACUGUCAUCCACGACAGCCUCCAUUACGAUGAUGAUAAUGGCAGCGAUGGCGACGAUGGCAAUAAGGAUAAUGAUAAGAACAACGAAGUUCAUGUCGAGAACGGCAACAAAAACAGUAACAACAAUAACAACAAUCCCCCUCCUGCUGCGACACCUGCCCCGCAGGGUGAUGGGAAGAAUGCGACCAAUAAUCCAUCAAAUGACGAUGCCAAGGAUAAAACUGACGAUCUUUUUGACGUCCCCUCGCUGCUGUCGUCGCUGAGCUCGCUCUUCAAGGGGCUCAAUGCCGCUGAUGAGAUCGUCCCAAGUUGA